AUGUCUCGCAAUGCUCUCGUCACUGGUGCUGCUCGAGAAAUUGGGCGUGUCAUUGCUCUUCGUCUUGCUAGAGAUGGUCUCAAUGUUACUGUGAAUGAUAUUAAAGCAAGUUCUUCAAGUCUCAACAAGGUUCAACAAGAAAUCGAAAAAAUGGGUCGAAAAUCUGUUGCCAUCACUGCUGAUGUUUCUAUCAAUAAAGUAGUCGAAACAAUGAUGUAG